UGCACGUUGUUGUCAUGACAACGGAAACAAAGCGCCUGAGUGUCAGCACCGACAUUUCGAUAAGUGAAACCAAGAAAUCUCUUGUUUUAUACAAUAGAUUUGUUUAACUUGUUUCUUUGUCAAACAAUGAUUCCACCAGACGACUCCCUCCUAAAAUAUGAGAAUCCAGUUUUGGUCAGAAAAAAAUCACCAAAGGACCGCCCAUUGAAAGUGAGCCCUCAGCAGUCUGCUGACUCUGCACCUGUUCCACCACCCCCUAAACCAAAAUCAGACUCUUCUGAGGCCAUCAAGCAGGGAAAUGAGGAGGUCUUGAACAUCAUUCUUCCACCCAGGGAAUGGACAGAGGGAAGCCAACACUGGGUGCAGCAAGUGUCCAGUGCACCUUGUACAAGAACCGAUGUUAUACACCUCGAAGAACGCUUAGACACAAAGCUGCAGCAAAGACAGGCCAGAGAAACAGGCAUCUGCCCUGUCCGCCGUGAGCUCUACUCCCAGUGUUUUGAUGAAAUAAUCAGACAGGUAACCAUCAACUGUGCUGAGAGGGGUCUGCUGCUGUUGCGUGUUAGAGAUGAGAUUCAAAUGACUAUUGCUGCCUACCAGACACUGUAUGAAAGCAGUGUAGCUUUCGGCAUAAGGAAAGCACUGCAGGCUGAAGAGGGAAAAGCUGACAUGGAAAAAAGACUUUCAGAACUGCAGGAUGAGAAAGAAGUUCUGAGGAAGCAACUGGAUGAACAGAAAGCUAAAUGCGAUGCAACUGAAAAGAGAGAGGCUGAAAAGCGACAGGUGGAAGAAAAGAAGUAUCUUGAGGACAUUCAGUUUCUUAAGAGAAGUAACCAUCAGCUCAAGGCCCAACUGGAAGGAAUAAUUACGCCAAAGAAGUAGAAAAGCGAGAGCAUAGUUGCUCUUUCCCAGCACAGGAUGUUAAUACAUUUGCAUUUUGUCUUAUUCCUAAAUGAUAGAUUAAUGUGAACUUAGUGUAACUUUGUAAAUAUUUAUUUUUUCUUAUCAGCAUGGCAUGACAAAUAUACUUCAAACAAUUACUGCACAUUUCUCUUGAACAUCAAGAGAGCAGUACACUUGUAAAUGAUGAAUGAAAUGUCAUUCAAAAACAGUUCUGGGUUAAAAGAAAAGAAAGCUGAAAAGGCAAGACAGUCAUUUCCUUGUGGGAGAGCCAAGUUCAAGAUAAGGCAUCAGGUGGCCACAUGAUGGAGACCAUAUAACACUCACCUACCUUUGCACCAUUUGUCAACUUGUCAUUUCAAUAAAACAUAGCCUUUCUAGCUACUUUAAAUACAGAUUUAUUAUAUAUGGUGUGUUUUGCCAAUCUAGUGCUUUGAUCUUUUGGUCUUUUGACCUUCUGUGGCUGGAGCCUUUCUGUUCUUGUUCUUGUUUUUCACAUUGUGCGUUUCAUAAUAGCGUGCACCAACUUUCUUCGUCUUCAUAGCACGGUCCAUUGCUCUUCUCUGUAGAAAAAGAUCAAAUUAAAGAGAAAAAAAAUUAAAUCUUCGAAGAAAGGCCACACCUUUUCAUCUGCACUGCUGUUAUAUCAGUAGGUAGAACUGGCAUUUAUCUAAAGUGCUGAACAAGACAGAUUGACCAGUUUGACGUCAGUAAGAACAAACACUGCAUACCUGUUUAGAUGUCAGCCUGUUCGGCUGGUUGGACUCCUCAUCCUCCCCAGCUUUUCUUUUCUUGCCCCUCUGAUUUACAGCUGAAUUAUAAAAAAAAAUGUAUCAAGUCUGAUGCCAGUGCCUGAAUGCCAACUUGACCUAGCCAUACAAAUGGAAAUAGGACUUUUAUCGGUAAAAUAUCAUUCAAUCAGUAA